GUGCUGUAUUUAUUCCCCCUGAAUAGCUGUAAUUAUGCCACAGGCUGGACCUAAUAUGAAUUAGGUUUAGCGUACUUUGGGAGCUAUCGAGGAUCAAAACCGAAAUCUCGCGACACAAUUUUUUCUCGUCCUUCAAUCUGCGUUCCCAAUCUAACAACUCUAUGAAGUCUUCACGGAGCUCACGCAGCUCUAAUAGGUUUUGGUAUCUAUCUCUGAUCUCUUUUCUAGGCUUCUAUUUCCUUUUCACUCUCCCUCCCGUCGUGACACUGUCCAUCAGUGGACCGCUCUUUAUGGAAACAAUCCAUCCCAUCUUGUCCCCAGAGUGGCACUUUCGAAGCUUUGGCGAUCCUCUCUCCCAUGGUCACUCAGAGUCAAAAAGAAUGCCUAGAUCGAGCCCAAGUACUCUGCCAAGAGUCAUCUUACUCGUGUUGCAGGGUCGCAGCUUCGGCAAUGAAGACCUUUGCGUCUUUUUGAUAAGAGACAAUCCCAUACUCAUGUUUAUUCUUGUGUUCUCCGUACUUCUGGCCAAGCAGAGGCCAUAGGUCCCUGAUUUCUGCUCCUGCUUGUGCCCGACCAGGAAUCUUGGACGGUGACUUUUAGCUCCUUGUGAUGUGCUUACGCUCGAUGGUAUCCUAACGUGAGGCCUUUCAAACCAAGCUAUCGACUCUUCAAAACAUGAGAAA